UUUUUCCAUCUUUUUUCCCUUCAAUAAAAUUCUCACAUUUCUUUUUAAAGAAGUGAAAAGUGAAGGAUUUAAGGAAUUGCCGAAAAAAGAGGAAGCAGGAAGCGAAGAUAAACAUUUUGUCGAGCACACUGUCGUGAGAAAUUUGUCUCUACCACCUGUUACGGAAACGCCCUUCACAGGAAGUAUUGCACAGGCACAUGCUUGAAGAAACUUCAGCAGCAGUGUUAGACCUGAAAGAUGCACUGGCGACAGCACGUCUAUUUCUUCACCUUCGUGGUGAUUGUUGCUUCAACCAUCCCUGCCUGUUUGGCUUUUAACAUCAAAAUGACAGAGCCUAAGAAACACGAGGGCGAACCAGGUGAUUUCUAUGGAUACAAGGUGCUACAGUACAAGUCUGGUGAUGGUAACAAAAGGAUAGUCGUCACUGCACCUCUCAGGCUAAAUGGAUCUGGAGGAAUUUACCAACCUCACCAAAACAAGUGGUUCAACCCUUCUGUUGCAGAGGACCUGCAGUCAAACACAACAACAGUCAAACAUCUUGGCUUGUCGAUCGCUGCUAAUUCCUCCGGCUCCAGAUUCACUGUUUGCAGUCCAAGUUUGGUGCAUGAAUGCAAUGAGAACUCCUAUCUGAACAGUAUUUGUUAUGAGCUCUCUGAUCAACUCCAGAAAAUCUCCUUUUUCAAACCCGCGUAUCAAGAUUGCACCAAAAAGACAGUGGACCUCGUCUUUCUGUUCGAUGGAUCAGCGAGUAUGACUGAAGCUGAAUUCAACAAGAAUAAAGAUUUUAUUGUGGAGAUAAUGGACAGCCUGAAGAACACAUCGAUCAAGUUUGCAGCAGUUCAGUUCUCCACAACAGUCCACAAAGUGUUUGACUUCAACGACUAUGCAGCUGGACGUGCUCUCAAUAAACUUAUGAAAGACAAACAUUUAAAAACUCUCACCAACACACACAAAGCCCUCAAAUUCAUUUUUGAUGAAAUCUUUGACAACGAAACUGCAGGCGCCUCUCCUGAUGCAACUAAAGCUCUGAUUCUAAUCACAGACGGAGAUCCCUCUGAUACAGACAAAAAUGGGAUAAUUAAAAAAUAUGAUGAGAAAAAUAUAAUUCGUCUUGUUAUUGGGAUCAAGGAUGCAAAGCUGGAUAAAUUUAGGGCCAUCGCUUCAGAACCAAAAGACAAAAAUGCCUUCAAAAUUGAGAAUUAUGAUGGACUCAAAGGAGUACUGGAGAAUUUUCAGAAAAAGAUCUUUGCUGUGGAAGGUUCCAAAGGGGCUCGAGCAGGAAACCUGACUGAUGAAAUGUCUCAGAGUGGAUUCAGCGCUGUUUUCAACAAGGAUACACUGAUUCUGGGUUCAGUGGGAACAAACAGCUGGCGUGGUUCUCUCCAAGAACGUCGAGAUAAAACAGAAACAAUUGAGGAUCAAGAAAUGGAGAUGGACUCCUACAUGGGAUAUUCUGUCUCUGUUGGAGAGAGGGAUGGGGUUUCUUUGUAUUUCACGGGUGCACCCCGGUUUCAGCACACAGGACAGGUCGUACUUUUCAAACAAAACAGCAACAACUGGACCACAGCACAAAGAAUAACUGGAGACCAGAUCGGUUCCUACUUCGGCGCCGAGCUGUGUUCGGUGGAUAUUAACUCAGACGGUGACACUGAUUUCCUGCUGGUGGGAGCGCCAACGUUUUACCAGCUUCAGGAGAAGAAAGAAGGUCAGAUCUACAUCUACACUCUGACUGAUGAGCUGCAACUGAAAAGUGAACUGAUUGUGAUGGGACCAUCCAUGGGUAGAUUUGGCACCACCAUAUCCAGCCUCGCAGACCUGAAUGGAGAUGAACUCCGAGACGUUGCUGUCGGAGCUCCGCUUGAGGAUGAUAACAGAGGUGCUGUGUAUAUCUACCUUGGAGACAGACAUAGAGGGAUACGCAGCACUUUCAGCCAGAGAAUCACAGGAGACAAAAUAACACCUGGGAUAAGAUUCUUUGGACAAGCCAUCGAUGGGGGCGUCGGCAUCAAAGAGGACGGCCUCCCAGAUAUUGUGAUCGGAUCACAGGGCGCUGCUGUUGUCUUAAGCUCCAAGCCCGUCUUUAAUGUGAUGGCUCACCUAUCUUUCCACCCUAAGGAGAUAAGCACAGAGAAACUUGACUGUCAGGGUGCAGAAGGAAAUUUACUUAUGGUUACCUUAACAGCCUGUUUUGAAAUGGUAGAAGCAACAAAGAGCAAACAAGGGAAUGUGAACUCUGGACUGAACAUCACAUACAUGUUCGCCGUGGACCCAAUGAGACAAAAACAUCGAGGUUUCUUCACUCAAACUGAUACGAAAACCAGGAGUCUUACCUCCACCUAUGAGCUGAAAGAUGAAAUGACUUGCUUAAACUUCUCCAUCUACAUGCACAAAUGUGUGAUCGACACAUUGUCACCGAUCAGCAUCAAAUUAAACUUUUCUCAAGCUGACAGUGAGACUGCUAACAUCACCCUGAACAUGGACAGCAAAAAGCAGUCUGCUGUUGAGGUUCCUUUUGAGAAACAAUGUAGAAAAAAUGACACUUGUAUCGCUGAACUGGAUGUCAAAUUCAAAUUCGAGACUCCGACAUUAUUGGUGACAGAAAAUAACUACUUCAAUGUGACUAUACAUUUGAAAAAUGAUGGUGAUGACUCAUACAACACCAGCCUUAUAAUGUUCUAUCCUCCAGGCCUCUCCUUCUCUAGGAUGACUCUUAUAAAGUCAUCAAGACUAACAACGCACGACUGCCGGGAUCAAGAAGAACGCAACAAAACCAUAUGUGGUGUGAGCCAGCCUGUGUAUCGCAGUAGAUCCUACGCAACGUUUCAAUCUUCCUUCCAUGUCAUGCAUAAUUAUGAGUGGAAUGACAGGAUGUCCAUGAUAAUUGAAGCAAAAAGUGAUAAUCAAGACUCGAACAGGACCAGCACCCUCACCGAAAGCAUCCCGGUGCAAUUUGAAAUUAAAAUGAUUUUAACAGUGAACCAAGACAGCACUACCUAUCUGAACUUCACCUCAGAUGAGACUGCACCUAAAGAAAUGGACAUUACAUACAGGAUAGAUAACACUGGUUUUAAGGAGUUUCCUGCAACCAUCACCCUGGAAUUCCCAACUCAACUGGAGCAUAGCUUUGAAAUGAAAAGCUAUCAAAUCUUUGUCAAGGAGAACAAAACACAGUGCACAGCCACUACUAACCACAAAUUUAAGAACUGCUUACCAAAAAAUAAGUGCGUGGCCAUCGUCUGCAACACUUUCAAUUUGAAGAACUAUGCAUCUGCUGAGUUUACACUAUCGGGAAAAGUCCACUUUAAAGAAGCCGCACAACAGGCAGCCAAUGUUGCUUUUCUGAAAAAAUACACUGGAGACAGCAGAAAGAUUAACUUUGUAAGUUCUGUACAUGUUGGCUAUGACGACGCUCGGUAUGUGCUGAACGAUCCAGAGAAUAAAGAUCAUUUGACACCAUUCAAAUUUCCAACAAAAAAGACUGAAGUUCGGGUUGAUUUCUUUAUCCUCCCAAAUAAAAUGCUGAUCAUUUUAACUGGAGCCGGUUUGGGACUCUUACUUCUGAUCAUAAUCACAAUCAUCCUGUUUAAGCUCGGUUGCUUCAAGAGGAAAAAGUUUGGAGAAGAUGAUCUUGAGGAUGACACUGUUGUAAUACCAAUCCCUGCUUCAACUGUAGGGACUGAUAAGAAAUCUGAUAAAUCUUCCAAUGAUAAUCAAACGCAGGAAAAAUCACCUCUCAUCUCCUCUGCCCCCGAUGAUGAACAGAUCAAGCAGUCAGGCACUGAUAACAAAUCUGAUCAACCUUCUGAGGAAAAUAAGGUUCAUGAUGAUGGUGCUGCUGAGGAGAAAAAGGAUGAAGCUACUGUUACCAUUAACGCAUAAAGUCAAGGAGGAUUUGGAAUAUAUGGAACAUUUGUUAGUCUUAGUGACAGUUUAGCAUAGUUCAGACUGGACACAAGUAGAAAACGUGAUUUAGGGGUAUGAUCUGGGUCUGUGUCCCAGAUGACCCCCCCAUAUUUUUUAAUUCUCUUAUUAUUCUUCAUGAGUUGCACGUCACGUAUGGUUUAAUCUUUGGAUGAGAGAGCUUUAACCUGCAUUUCACAGUGAUUUCUGUUAGGGUUCCUGAGCUCAUACACUGAUGCCAGAAUCAUGCCAUGCAGCAUAUAGGUUUAUGAGAUUUACAAAUCAGUGCAUUCUAUUUCUACUUUUUACAGUACUCUUACUGUUUCUGAAUUAGGUUUUUACAUCUCAUGCAAUAAUUGUGGGUUCAGCUACAUCAGUGAAAAAUCAAUGACACCAGACAUGAAGCUGAAUAAGCAUCAGAUGGUUUGGCUUUCUACAAAUGUUCAAUGGUCACAGCACAGGAAAACAUCAGCGAGUUUGUAGACACCUCCAUGAAGGAGGCUGUUCAUGCCAGACACAAGAGGCAAGCACUUCUGUUUAAUAUUCUGUUGAGAUGUGACUAAAGAGUCAUACCUGUAGCAAUCCAUAGUUCAUGCAGAAACCCAAGGUUUAAUAAUUAUUGUUCAUGUGACUGUUUAACACAACUUAUUUAACACGCUUAAUAAUUCCUUUUCUGCUAAUGUCAAUAGCCUACCAUGUAUUCCCCAUUAAUGCACAUUAUUUACAUUUUGAUACACUGUAAUAUUUUUAAUAGUUACCACCUAUAUGAAAAGGCUCUGCUGCCUUCUGCACAGGUAUUUAUUCAAAAAGCACUUCACCUUGUAUUAUAUCUGACUGUGUUUAAUAUGUUGAUUUUUGUAGAGUAAUUAAAAUUUUGAAUAAUUGAUUCUGAUCUCACUAAAUGAGUUAAUGUGAGUGAGAAGAUCUUUAGUUCGUUACAGACAUGAAAGUUAGGUAGACAAAAGUGUUGAUAAUAAAAAGUUUGCAGCUGGAUUGACAAUAAACUUCAUAAAUUAUGGCGAGUUUAAAUCUGAGAUUACAUCAGAUAUUUAGAAAUUGUGGAUGAUGUUGGCAAAGUAAGAAACCAAUUUUAAAUGUAGAAAAUGUAAAUGAAAUGUAGAUAUUAAAGGGUGGAAAACAACAUGUUCCUUUAAUUUCCCUAAUAUUUUUAGUCUACUGUUGUUUGCAUAUUUGUACUUUUAGUUUGCUUUUCCGUGUUUUAAAUGUCUUGCCUUUUGUACACUGUUAAUUUUCAUUGGAAUAUAUCCUAAGAUCUGUAUCCAUGUGAACAUGAAUUAUGACUUUUUUUCUUUUUAAAAGAAAUAAUGUAUCUUAGUAAAAGUGAAAUAAUGUUUGUAAGAUAAACAGAUGCACAAACCACCUUUGUAUCUGCAAAUGAAUAAAGACAAUUUCCCAUGUCAUAUAUGCACUGACAUGUGAACUGGA